GUCUCUGCCAGUCCUCUCUCCAUUGCCUUAUCUCGGGUGCGAACCCCGAGCAGUAUAUUCGUUGUCUUGCUUUGAAGUGUCUGCUCAACUACAAAGCAGAUUCCCACAAUGGAUACUGGUACUACCCUUCCCACCGUCGUCGCCCCCGUCAGCGCGGUGCGGGCGUCUGUCGACGAGAAAGUACUCGAUGAGAAGCCGCAGGUUAAUACCAACACCUCAGAGAAGGCCGCUACUGAAGAUGGCCAUGCGGUACUUCAGGGUCUCGUCAUCCCAACCGAGGAGGAGAAAUCUACGUUAAGGCGUGUCGCUGGCAAGAUGCCGGCAACUUGUUAUUAUCUCUGCGCGGUCGAGUUCGCCGAACGGGCUUCUUAUUAUGGAUGCAACCAGGUCUACAAGAACUUCAUUAGGGCCCCCUUACCUCCUGAUGGCAAUGGCAGUGGUGCUACAGCUCCCGGAUCUGAAUAUACUGCCGGUGCUCUUGGUAAGGGUCCGGUAGUAGCCACCGCCAUGACUGAAGCAUUCAAAUUCUUAGCAUAUGCGCUGCCAAUUUACUUCGGUUGGCUCGCGGACACCAAGUACGGCCGCUUCAAGAUGAUUUGCUGGGGUGUUGCGAUAUGUGGUGUGGCUCAUAUUAUCAUGAUCAUUUCAGCACUUCCACCUGUGCUUCUCUCAGGCAACGCUAUCGGUCCUUUUGCUCUAUCUUUAUAUAUGCUCUCAAUUGGUGCUGCUCAGUUCAAGCCUAAUAUUUCCCCUACCGUGAUCGACCAGAGCCCUCAUAAAAUUGCCCAUGUCAUCACUGAAAAGAACGGCGAGAAGGUUAUCGUGGACCCCGAGGAAUCUGUCAACAGUGUGAUGCUGUGGUUCUACCUGCUCAUUAAUGUCGGCUCUUGUUUCGGUAUUGCGACGACCUACUUGGCUAAGAUUGUUGGAUACUGGUCGGCAUACUUGAUUCCUACGAUUUUGUACCUGAUGCUUCCACCAUUGCUAUGGUACUUGAACCCGCGUUUGAUAAAACAACCUCCAGGAGGUUCAGACUUGGGGAAUGUGUUUAGAGUCCUCGGUGAUAUCUUUACUCAUGGUGGUUUGAAGCGUAUCGGCCGUACAGGAUUUUGGGAAGCCGGCAAGCCAAGUGUGCGCAAAGCCGCAGGCAGCACGAAAGUAUACACAUACGACGACCAAUUCGUUAACGAUGUACGAAGGACCUUCCAAGCUUGUGGCAUCUUCCUCUUUUCGCCUAUAUGGCAAAUCAACGACGGUGGUCUUGGUGCCGCUGCUAACGCCCUCACUGCUGGAAUGGAUACCAAUGGUCUCCCUAACGAUCUCUUGGACAACCUAAACCCAGUCUCUAUUGUCCUAGCGGUACCUUUGAUGAACCACGUCGUCUACCCGUUUCUGCGCAAACGCGGUAUCAAAUGGGGCCCCAUUUCUCGAAUGACCUUCGGGUUCGCGCUUGGCACAGUCGGCUCGAUUGCCUAUUCUAUUCUUCAGUACUAUGUGUAUCAAACUUCACCCUGCGGCUGGAAUGCUACGACAUGUGCUGAGAUCGUCCCUGUUGGGGAGGUUUCAGUUUCUACUGUUUCCUACGCUUGGUACGCGGUUCCUGUUAUAAUCAGUGCUGUUUCGGAAAUCUUCGUCAACGUCACUGCCUACGGUAUCGCCUAUUCGCGAGCUCCUAAGAACAUGAAGGGUCUUGUCUCUUCACUCAAUCUUUUCAUGACGGCCAUCUCUGCAGCCAUCGGCCUUGCGACCGCACCGGCCAUCAGCGACCCCUAUCUCAUCUGGGCGUUUGCUGGACCGACCAUUGCCGGUGCUGUACUUACCGUUGUCUUCUGGUUUACGUUCAGGCAUAUCGAUAAAGAGGAGUUUGUCCUCAAUUCUGACCUUGGGGAUUUAAAGAAGGACUCGGAACGCGAAAGCGACGAAGAGAAAGCUCCCCAGCCGAAGUCAAUCGACGAGAAGAAAUCAUAGGGCUUAGAUCAUGCUCCUAGGAAUAGAUCUGAAUCAUGCAAACUCUUUUAUUCGGAUAUGUAGCUCGAGAUAUCUAGAUAGGGAAGCGUAGCAUAGUAAAAUAAUAAGGUACCUAA